AUGGCCAAAAGAGCUCAAGGGCUCACGAUUCACCAAAAGGGUAAUCCUUCUUCUCUCUAUCCUGUGUUUGGGCUCGUCUUUUUCAGAAGCCAGUUUUGCUCUUUUGCUGCCAAUCGUUGUCAUACUGUUAGUGUUAAGGAAACCAUUGAUUUGGAGGAUUUGGUAAAAAUGCGUUGUAAAUCUGGUAAUCUUGGGUUAGACGAAGCACUGGGUCAUUUCAAUUCCGUAAUUCAAAUGAAACCCAUUCCCUCGAUUUGGGCUAUUAAUCAUUUGCUUUGGGCAGUCUCCAAGAUGAAUCAGUGUUCAACUGUAGUUUCUAUGUAUAUACAGAUUCUGGCUUGUGUUGGCUUACACCCGGAAGUCGGUACACUGAAUGUUGUUAUCAAUUGCUUGUGCCGUAUGAAUCAGGUGGACUUGGGUUUCUCUGUUUUAGCAACUAUCCUUAAACAUGGUCUUCAGCCCAAUCCUUAUACUUUGAAUACUUUACUUCAUGGGAUUUGCAAGUACAGGUCGCUCUCUGAGGCAAUGGAGUUGUUCCAGAAAAUAGAAGAGAAAGGAUUAGCAUGCUGUGAAAUCACUUACGCUACUAUAAUUAAUGGGUUGUGCAGAGCUGGGAAAACAUGUAUGGCGCUUGAGAUACUCGAGCAAAUGUAUGAAGAUGGAAGGUUUAAGCCUGACCCUCAAUGCUAUAAUCCAAUCCUUGACCGCUUAUGCAAAGAAAGAAGAAUAGAUGAGGCGCUGACCCUAUUUCGAGAUAUGAUCAACAAAAGUGUUGCGCCGGAUAUCGUCAGUUACAAUUCAUUAAUUUAUGGAUUAUGCAACAAGGGUCUUUGGACACGAGCACUUGGUCUGUUUGAAAUAAUGAAUAAGAAAGGCAGAAAGCCUGAUGUUGUCACUUUUACUUCCAUAAUUUCUGCAGCAUGCAAGUCUGGUAAGUGGGAAGAAGCUGUGCGGCUAUUUAGAAACAUGAUUGAUUGUGGCGCCUUCCCUAAUAUUGUUACAUUCAGUUCUGUGUUGGAUGCUUUGUGCAAGGAAGGGAAGACAGCGGAGGCACUUAACCUUAUGGAAGAAAUGUUCCUUAGAGGUGUAAAGCCUGAUCUCGUCACCUACAACUCCUUAAUUAAUAGCCUCUGCCAUUCCUCGCAAUGGAAAGAAGCCACAAGGUUGUUUAAUAGAAUGCUGGAUGAAGGAAUUGCACCAAAUGUUGUAACCUUUACCUCUGUAAUACAUGCUCUUUGCAAGCAGAGACGGACCGAGGAAGCGCUCUCCGUGUUAGAGCUAAUGUCCCAAAGAGGUAUUAGGCUUGACAUUUUCACUUACAACUCUCUAAUUUAUGGCAUGUGCUGUACAAAUCAAUGGGCUGAAGCCACAAGGUUGUUUGAUGAAAUGGUAGUUCAGGGUGUCUUACCUGAUAUCAUAACUUUGACAAUACUUUUGGAUGCUCUCUUCCAAGGAGGGAUGCCAGAAGAGGCUCAUAAAGUAGUUGAGGCCAAAGUUAAAUAUGGUAUGGAGCUGAGCAAAAUAACUUGCAGUACGCUAAUUGAUGGUUAUUGUUUUCGUGGCAAAGUGGAUAAGGCAAAGAAGGUCAUUGAUUUAAUGGUGAUAAAAGAUCGUGUCCCUGAUAUUGCUUCUUGCUAUAAAGCCUUGGUCAACGGCUAUAUGCAAGCUAAAAGGAUAGGCGAAGCUUUGAGGCUCGUUGAGGAAAUGAUCGAACAAGGGGUGACGCCUGAUUUGGAAACCCUAAAAGCUUUGAGAGGUUUGCGUCCUACAAGGCAUGUUGUAUCUGCAGAAUAG